UUUCUUUAAAAUUAAGAACAUUGUCAGAGUAUCUUUUAAAUUUUCCAAUGUUUUCCUGUAAUCGUUGCAUAUAAGUUAAACCUCUCGCAACAGAUGGCUCGUCGCGCCGCCCUAUUGAUCCGCCGUCAACCCUCGAAUCCCACCCCCGAACGAAUCAAUACAUACUGCAUGAAAACAUCAACAUGUAACGCGUUAAAACAGUGCAUCGCAAUAAAAACCAGCACACAAACCGCGAUUCGUAGGUAUAACCUAACGAAAAUUUACCGCAUUUAAAUCGUACACAACGUUCCGAUGAAAGUCCAGGAGAUUCCGGAGACGGGCACUAACGCCAUGGAGCAGGAGAUCGCGGGCGCCCAAGACACUAUCUACCUGUGCAACUUCCGGGUGUCGGUGGACGGCGAAUGGCUCUGUCUGAAAGAGCUGCAGGACGUUGAGUUCAACAUGCAGGACUCGGUCACUAAAUUGUCGUCGCCUUCGCCCGACGUUCCUGUCCAGCCAUUCGGUCGAGAUCCGGUCGUGAUAGAGCGGAGCAACCUGGUCAACAUAAGUAAAUUGGUAGUGAAGGAACUGAUAGAACAAUCGUUGAGAUAUGGACGGAUGCUGGACUCCGAUCACAUGCCACUUCAGCAUUUCUUCAUUGUUUUGGAACAUGUCCUUAGACAUGGGCUGAGACCUAAGAAGGGUUUGCUUGGACCCAAGAAAGAAUUAUGGGACAUUCUGCAAAUGGUGGAGAAGUAUGCACCUGAAGCCCAGGAUAUAACUGCCAGUGUAAGAGACUUACCUACAGUUAGAACACACAUGGGAAGAGCUCGGGCUUGGCUCCGAUUGGCUUUAAUGCAGAAGAAAUUGGCUGAUUACUUAAAAGUACUAAUAGACCAUAAAGAUGAGGCAUUGGAAGAAUAUUUUGAGCCUGACGCACUAAUGUUAAGUGACGAAGCAAUUGUGAUAAUAGGUCUUUUAGUGGGCCUAAAUGUGAUUGAUUGCAACCUUUGUGUUAAAGAAGAAGAUUUGGAUUGCCCUCAAGGUGUUAUAGACUUUUCAUUGUAUCUAAGAUCUCCAAUACAAAUCACCAACGAAUCAAAUAACGAUCAAGACGAUAACAUGACCACAGUACUUGAUCAGAAGAACUAUAUUGAAGAGUUAAACAGACAUUUAAACGCCACCGUGACAAAUUUGCAAUCAAAGGUGGAAUCAUUGACAACCACAAAUGCGUUAAUGAAAGAAGACUUGGCCAUUUCCAAAAAUAAUUUAAUCGCACUCUACGAAGAAAACAGACAACUGAAACAAGAAUUGGGUCGUGAUGCUGGCGACUACUGCAUGAGUACCAGUGGUGUCCAGAUUAUCAAUCUAAAUGAAUCAGACAAAGGUACCAAAAUCACCCACGGUGAAAUGGACGAAAUAAAACAAAGACUUGAGGAGGAGAGAAAAUUAAGACAGGAAGCCGACAAGGAGUUGGAGAUACAGAUGUGUCUAAAAGCAGAAAUGGAAGUGGCCAUGAAAUUAUUAGAAAAAGAUAUCCAUGAUAAACAAGAUACGAUUGUAUCUUUAAGAAGACAGUUGGAUGAUAUAAAGUUGAUUAAUUUGGAGAUGUAUAAAAAGUUGCAGGAGUGCGAAAUGGAACUGACACAGAAGGGGGAAAUGGUUAGCCGUCUGCAGGCGAAAGCUGGACAGAUAGGGAAAAUACUCAAUAACCUUGAGAAAUAUAAUCACCUAUUGAAGGAUGACAAAAAAGCUUUUGAUAAACACGCAUCCGACAGGAGACAUGUCGCAAAAGGUUUCCGUAAGGAAACGAAAGCGGCCACACCGGUUGCUGAAGACGGGGGAGGCGAACCGCAAAACAAACCCACAACUUCGGAAUCCACUGAAUCGUUCAUUAAACUCGAUUUGGACCUCAAAGCCGAAGAAAUCACUACGGCCGAUUAGGGUCUGAACGAAUAAUUUAUCGCCCAAAAUUUAUUUAAACAUAAAUGGAUAAGCAAUUAUCGAACCUUGAUCUGUUUUAUAAAACUCUCUUUUACAUUUUAAUAACGCUUUGACUAAAUUUGUGUUGCAAUUUCAAUUUUGGACGGUACAAUUGAUUUAAGAUUGAUCAUCUUCAUCGACGGUACAAUUCUGGAAGACAAUUAUGCUUUUGUUGGUGGCACAACUUUUCGAGCAUUUAUAUUCUUUAAAAACAUGGUUCUUUGUAACUACUGAAGACUGAGAAAUGUAGCUUUGGCUUAUUUCAGGAGUGUGAGGCAUCUUUAAAGCAAAAGACAGAGCUUGUAACCAAGUUAGAGGC